GACCAGUGCCUGGCAGAUCUACGAUCAACCGACCCCCGCCAUGAUAAAGCACGUAUCCAGCAGACAAAGGGUGGGCUUCUCAAAGAGUCAUAUGAUUGGAUCAUUCAGAAUGAAACUUUCAAACAGUGGAGAGAGAAUGAUCAAAGCAGAAUGUUAUGGAUCAAAGGAGAUCCUGGAAAGGGCAAGACGAUGCUGCUCUGUGGCAUUAUCGACGAGCUGUUGCCGGAAACGAAGCUAGCGAAACCAUUAGGUCAGACUGCUAAAACAUUCCUGUCCUACUUCUUCUGCCAAGGCACCGAUUCCCGCAUCAACACCGCAACCGCUGUUCUGCGCGGUCUUAUAUACCUCAUCAUUAUCCAGGAGCCCUCACUUAUAUCGCAUGUUCAAGAGAAGUACAAUCAUGCAGGCGCCAAUCUCUUUCUAGACGAAAAUGCAUGGGUAGCUGUUGUUGACAUUCUCCAAAAUAUACUACACGACCCAAAACUAGAAGAAAUAGUGUUUGUAAUCGAUGCACUAGACGAAUGCGAAAUAAAUUUACCUGAACUCUUGGAUUUCAUUACCAGAAACGCAUCAUUACCUCGCGUUAAAUGGAUUUUAUCCAGUCGGAAUAUACUCAGCAUUCAACAAACGCUAGAGUCUCAUAUAUCUGAAGGAAUUCUUAGCCUUGAGUUAAAAGCAAACGCGGAAUCUGUAUCACAAGCUGUGAAUACAUAUAUCGAACAUGAGAUAUCACAGCUACGUUCAAUACAAUAUAACCAAGGCCAACGAGAGGAACUCAAAGAUGCAAUGAGACAGAAAGCCAAUGGGACAUUUUUAUGGGUAUCUCUUGUAAUGAAAGAGCUUAAAAAUGCCCAAGUUUGGGAAAUAAUGGAGAUAGUUAAGGAGAUACCAACAGACUUGACAGCAGCCUAUAAACGGAUGAUAGGUCAGAUCCAAAAUCUAAGACGAGGAAAUGCCAAAUUAUGCUGGAGUAUACUUUCGACAAUAUUUACGGCAUAUAAUCCACUCAGUCUGGCUGAACUAGGAACCCUCUCUGGCCUACCAAGCAACAUUUUAGAGAAUCUCAGGUCUAUUGCAAAUCUUAUAGCCAUGUGUGGCUCAUUCCUCACAAUACGCGAGGGCAUUGUCUACUUCAUCCACCAGUCAGCAAAGGACUUUUUCUCUACCGAGGUAUUCCGUUUAAAUGCUGCCCAGAGGAAUGCGAAUGUCUACCAUCGUUCAAUCACGGCUAUUUCAAAGUUACCAAAAAACAUCUAUUGUCUUACAGACUUUGGGUUUAGACCAAGGGGUGCGCCGCCUCCUGGCGCAAAUGCGUUGACUUCAAUGAGAUACUGUUGCUUUUUUUGGCCUGACCAUUUUUGUAAUGCAUAUGGUGCAAACCCUCAAUCCGAAAAUACAUUCACGAAAACACUCAAGGCCAUGCUGUGGUCAUUCUUAAAGGAUUACGCACUCCGCUGGUUAGAGAGCAUUUGUCUGCUAGGUGGGCUUCCAGAUGGCCUACGUUCAAUACAAAUGAUGCUACGAGAGCUACAGCUUGAGGAAAAUUCUCAGCUUUUGAAGCUCCUGGGCGGCAUAGAGAAGUUUAUAAUGAGCAACGGGUCGAUUAUUGAUCGCGCCCCCUUACAGAUAUAUGGCUCAGCAUUGGUAUUCAGUCAGACAUUGAGCGACAUAAAACAGAGAAACUGGAAAGAACGACUGCCAUUCAUUGAACAUAUGCAGGGAAAAAUUAACUCCGGCAAUGUGCUUCUACAAACCCUUGAGAUUCAUGAUAGAACUAUUAUAGCUAUCGGUUUUUCUCCCAGUGGCAAGAUGGCGGCGUCGGCAUGUUAUGAGGGGACAAUAAUAGUGUGGGACGUGGCAACAGGUGCGACUCAACAUACGCUUACCUUUCAUACCUACUCUAUAAUAGAGGCCAUUUCAUUAUCUCCUGAUUGCAAGACACUCCUGUUUGUGGCGCCCCAAGGAACCCUGGCUGGCUAUUAUCAGACAUGUCUCUUUAGUGUGUCACUAGACGGCAAAGACGCAAGACAUAUUACCGCCUCGUUCUCGCUAGAUGGCAAGACACUAGCAUCAACAGUUAAUGGUGGCCCAAUAGAGUUGUGGGAUGCAGCAGCAGGUGAGCGUCUGCGGAUAUUCCAAAGUACUGGUGAAAGCGAUGAAUCGGUUACGUGUAUGGCAUUCUCGCCGGAUUCUAAGAUGAUAGCAUCAGGUCACGGUGACACGAUGCUACGUUCCGGUGACGGGAUGGUACGUCUCUGGCAGGUAGAAACUGGAGCCUGCUUUCGGGAACUCUACAUCGGGUAUGGGGUGAAUGCCUGUGCAUUCCCGCCAGACGGUAGGAAGCUCGCACUGCUGAAGCAGGAGCAGGACAACAUAGCGUUCCUGCUGGAUUUAGAAACAGGCACAUGCCAAAGGACCCUUGUAGGUCAUGGCUGGGGGGCGGGAAACGCAAUUGCAUUCUCGCCAGACGGUAGGGUGAUAGCAUCGGCAUCUGGCGAGAAUACAAUACGACUAUGGGAUGCGCAAUCAGCCAUGCAGGAGCAGACGUUGGAAGAUGCCGGUGUCCGCGGCACGAUCUGGAAGAUAGCAUUUUCGCCAGAUGGCAAGAUACUGGCAUCAACAUAUUACGAGUCUGAUACAAUACAGCUAUGGGAUAUAGCAACAGGAACUCGCUGGCAGGCAUUUCAGUUACCUUCACGGCGGCCUACUGCAAUUGCAUUCUCACCAAAAGGCGGGACUCUGGCAGUAGGAGAAUGUGACAUAUGGCUGUGGGAGAUAGCAACGGGCCAGCAUACCUGUCAACAAACUCGUAGUCGAUACAAUAAAUGUACAGCGAUUACAUUCUCUCCCAAUGGCAGAGAACUGGCAUGGGCUUCUUCUAUCUUUGGUGAAAUAGAGCUACGAGAUAUAGCAACAGGAGAGGUUCAGAUGCGGUUCAUAUACAAGGGGGGGCAUCCUACUGCCAUAGCAUUCUCGCAAGACGGGAAAAUGCUAACGGAACUAGAUUAUGAGGGAAAGAAAAUUCGAGUGUGGGAUGUAGCCACCGGUGCGUGUUUACACAACUUCAACAGCGGCCAUCAGAGGCCUGUUAUAUGCCCGUCCCCAGAGGCAACCCCCCCGGAACAUAAUUUGCUACUGGUUGUUGGAGAGUGGAUAAUGAGAGGUGGAAAACAUGUUCUGUGGCUUCCCAAAGAAUACAGAACUAAUGCCAUGGCGGUGCAUGACAAUGUAGUGGCAAUUGGACACAAGUCUGAGAUUGUUUUUAUAUCGUUU